UGAGAUACAGGAGGAAGAAAAACCAUAAUGUGGCUAACUAUUCACCUGGAAAGGUGAACAUAAUUUUAAAGAGAAAUGGCUGACAAGAGUGGAAAAAUUCUUUCAGGUCCAUUAUACAUUGAAGUGGAAUAUGACUAUGAGUAUGAAGCAAAAGACAAAAGGAUUGUGAUAAAACAAGGAGAGAGAUAUAUCUUAGUGAAGAAGACUAAUGAUGACUGGUGGCAGGUGAAAAAGGAUGAAAAUUCCAAGCCUUUCUAUGUGCCAGCACAGUAUGUCAAAGAAGUAACCCGGAAAGCACUAAUGCCACCUAUUAAACAAACAAGUGUGCUACCAAAUAGCUCCCUGAAACUUAUGCAUGGUUUGCAGAGGUCAACAGAAAAUGUGAACAAGUCUUCAGAGCUUUCUAGUUUUGGAAAAUCUUCUCCGGUACAAAUGUCGGGACUAAUCCGGGAUGCCAAUCAGAAUCUGGGACCAAACAGUAGCCCAGGUCAGAAUACUGGUCUGAGCCUGGACCUUGCACAGAAUAAUGAGAAAUUUAAUGAAUUCCAGUUUCCUAAAGUUUCCAAUCAGAACAAGACCUUCUCUGUGUCUCACUUCCCUUGUUCUGAAUAUAUGGAAAUAGAAAAGACUAGCUUCUUGCAAGAGCUAUCCUGUGACUCUACUGGAGAAAGCUCAGAAAAAAUCCACCAGGAUUCAGAAUCUGGAGAUGAACUCAGCAGCAGUUCCACUGAACAAACACAGCCAACAACACCACCAAGCCAAGGAAGACCAGAUUCACCAGUUUAUGCUAAUUUGCAAGAAUUGAAAAUAUCUCAGUCUGCACUCCCACCUUUACCUACAACUCUUCCAAUCCAAAUUAAUGGGGAGUGGGAGACCCAUAAAGACUCGACAGGACGUUGUUACUAUUACAACAAAGUAACACAGGAAAGAACCUGGAAACCCCCACGUUUGACUCGGGAUCCAAGCAUAAGUAAAGGAGACUCUCUGAACCAAGUAGAUCAAGAGACAUUUUCAUCACAAGAAAACUCCCACAGGUCUUGUAACAGCCAGUCAGAUAGUCAGUAUGGUUCUCCUCCCAAAGGGUGGUCAGAAGAGUUGGAUGAACAUGGCCAAAUGCUAUAUACCAGUGACUAUACUAAUGAAAAGUGGAUAAAACAUGUAGAUGAACAAGGUCGGCCAUACUACUGCAAUUCAGAUGGGUCUCGAUCGGAAUGGUCAUUGCCAAAAUACAAUGCUUCACCACAGCAACAGAGGGAAAUAAUUAAAAGUAGGAGCCUGGACAGGAGGCUACAGGAGCCAAUAGUUUUGACAAAAUGGAGGCAUAGCUCAAUUGUGUUAGACACAAAUGAAAAGUUGCCAACUAAUUCUUCUGAACUUCUCUUGCCCAAUCCUGCAUAUUUGUUUCCAACAUCCCAGGAGCAAGAUUCUCAAGUUGCUUCAAAGACCACUUUUCCUGAAAAUGACUCCUCUCCUUCCUCACCAAAGCAUCAAGCCACAGAUCAAGAGAAGUAUGGAUUAUUAAAUGUGACAAAAAUUACAGAAAAUGGGAAGAAAGUCCGAAAGAACUGGAUGUCAUCAUGGGCAGUAUUGCAGGGUUCUUCAUUGUUGUUUACCAAGACUCAAGGAAGUGGGACUAGUUGGUUUGGGGUCAAUCAAUCAAAGCCGGAGUUCACAGUGGAUCUGAGAGGUGCAUUUAUUGACUGGGCUUCAAAGGAGAAAUCUAGCAAGAAAAAUGUGAUUGAGGUGAAAACACGACAAGGAACUGAAUUGUUAAUUCAGUCAGAUAAUGACAUUUCUAUUACUGAAUGGUUUAAAGUUCUUAGUUAUGCUAUCAGUAAUCAGACAGCAGAGUCUGAUGAAGCAUUAGAUGAUGAAGUGCCAGAUUCUCCUGGGACGGAAAAACAGGACAAAGAAAAGGACCAUAAAGACUCCAGGAAACUUCGUUCAAUAAAAAUGUCUGCCAGCAUUGAUUCUUCAGAACAGAAGAAAACCAAGACAAAACUGAAGAAAUUUUUGACCCGCAGGCCUACAUUACAAGCAGUCCGUGAAAAAGGCUAUAUCAAAGACCAAGUAUUUGGUUGCAAUCUAAGCAGCUUGUGUCAAAGAGAAAACACCACUGUGCCAAAAUUUGUGAAGCUGUGUAUUGAGCAUGUUGAACAACAUGGAUUGGAUGUUGAUGGACUGUACAGGGUUAGUGGUAAUCUUGCAGUAAUACAGAAGUUAAGAUUUGCAGUUAAUCAUGAUGAAAAACUGGAUUUGAAUGACAGUAAAUGGGAAGACAUCCAUGUUAUUACAGGAGCUCUUAAAAUGUUUUUCAGAGAAUUGCCAGAACCACUAUUCACUUUCAGUUAUUUCAAUGACUUUGUCAAUGCAAUCAAACAAGAACCUAGACAGCGUGUUCAUGCAGUAAGAGAGCUGAUUAAACAGUUGCCAAAGCCAAAUCAAGAUACCAUGCAAGUACUCUUCAGGCACCUCAAGAAAAUUGUGGAGAAUGGAGAGAGGAACCGAAUGACCUAUCAGAGCAUAGCCAUAGUCUUUGGCCCAACCCUAUUAAAACCAGAAAAAGAGACUUGUAACAUAGCAGUUCACACAGUGUAUCAGAACCAGAUUGUAGAGUUAAUUCUACUAGAACUGAAUUCCAUCUUUGGACGGUGAAUUUCUCCAGUGAAAUUGGGCUUAGUAAGACAACAGCAACUUUUUCUGGCAGAAAUGGCAUCUCUCGUGUACGUGAUGUAUUUUGUGGACCAAGCAGCAACUUGAUGUUUUUGCACUUUUGUGGGAGAGGGAAAAGAGUGUUUUGUUUUAGCUGAGUUUUUGUGGAAAGUACUGAAACUUUGAAUUUCUGUACAGUUAAUAUUGUGACUGCUUCAAAGUUUAUACAUUUUAGUAACACUUAAGCUUCGGAGCUGAUAUAGAUGUACACACUGGAGUCCAUAGUGAGAGAAGCUAAAUCUGAAUGUCAGUCUGGAUCAUCUGGAAUAACAUUUUACAUUUAUUUUUAACUUUUGGUUUCACCACGUGUUUUGGGAAGAUAAAACUCAUCAACUGACUUGGAAAACCAGCAAGGGCAUUUUUAGUGAAUAAUUUCAAUGUAUGCUUACAUGUUAAGCCUGUAAGAUAUUUCCUAUAUCUUGUCCACAGGGUUUUUUCAUUUGACAGAUUUAAAUAAUUGCUAACAGUGGCCAGUGAAAAUUCCUCGCAUGAGGUCUGCUUUUUUGGUGUUGAUGUUAUUUUAACUUUGUUGCACAUAUUCUUGCUGGUUCUCUUGAAUGCGCACUAGUAUUACUACAGAUAUAAACUGGUACAUAUAUCCAACGGAGGAUAUACUGUGGUCUGUGAUGAAUCAGAGCUUUCAACUAAUAAAGUUCAUUUUUUCCAGGUUAUGUUUGAGCUACGCUUUUAUCUGAAGUGAAAUCAUACCAAACAAUCCUACCUAAAGAUCAAUUUAAAGAGUACACUUGAUUCUUGGUAUGAACCUGUGGUAGUGAAUUGGGAUGUAAAUACAGAUUGAAGGACCUUAGAGUGUUUGGCUUUUAUAAUAUUUAUAUACAAACAGAACAGUCUCAGAAUACUUUCUAGUCUUAUAUUUCUAAUCAUGUGAAGAUUAGUAAUUGAUAUUGUUAUACCACCAAUGGUUUCUGAGUUUCAACAGAGUAAUGAACUAUUUUGAAAGCUGCACUUUUAAAUGGUAAUUACAUGUGCAUGCAAGUAAUUGUAAUGCAGCUGGUACUGGAAUAACACUGAGUGUCUUUGCUUAAAUAGUUAAUGCACUACAAGCAGAGCCUCUGAUAUUAUUUAAUAUGUACAGGAGCUACAUUAGGUAAAUGUAUUACAAAUUCUAACAUCUAUAAAUAGCAGAAUCUAUGUUUGAAUAGAUGGAUAUUUGGAUAUAAUGAAAAUGCUAAAUUUCAAGAUUCCUUUUUACAUUAAUAUUGUAGAAUGAUUUGUAAAAUAGGUUUCAGAAGAUUUUGUUACAGGAAACAUGGUCUGUGUAAGAUUUUUUUAAAAUGUAUUUUUCUAGACUAACUGCUGUAUCUGACAUUAUUGGAAUCUGAAUAAAUAAAACUGUUAGCUGUUUUGGAA